UGCGGGGAAGACGUGUCGCCGCCGCCCGGAGUGCCAAAAUUAACAGUGUGUUCGUGUGUUUAUUAAUUGUGUAUUAAAAAACGUGUAACAACAAUAAUUUCGAAUGAAACAAUCAUAACAUGGACGGACAGAUGCUUUUGAAUAACGAAUUCUGUUAAGAUGGCGGCCAUUCCAUCAAUGGCCUGACACGAUGUUUCGCACGGCGUCAGUCGAGGGCUCCGGGCCGAGGACGCCGCCGGCCUACGCCCCUCACCCCCCCUACGUCCCUCCCCGCUUCUUCCCUCCCCGGAUCCGACCGCCCCCUCCCCAAUACUGCUUCGACGCAGCACGCUUCGCCUGUGACGCUUCCAAACCACGCUACUUAGAUGUAGAACGAGAGAGAUUGGUAACAAGAUGGCUGGCAGAAGCAAAUGAGGCGUUGGUACGGAGGGAAAGACCUCCUCCGCCUCGAUAUAAGCCGCGAAGCAGCGAGAGAAGACCGGAUUAUUUGGAAAGGAGACCGAACGCUCCGGAAUGGGCGGAUAACUUUCUUCUUGGCAGAAGGAAUGGGUCAGUGGAACCUGAAGAUGAUAGUAGUGAAGUGAUGACGUUGAAAGAAUUUGUGGAGAAGUUUUCCUUGCCUCGUGUGGUGAAAUUCGAGGGUGAGGAGCGGCCAGUGUUGCUGUAUAGAGUACUAGAGGCGCAUAGGCGCGUGGAGGCUGUCCCGCUCUCGGGCAAGAAGGGGAAGCUGGUCGGCAAGCCGCUGUAUAUACCGGAUUCCUAUGAUGGUUGGUUCUCAGCGUGUGGUUGUCGGGGCGGAGCGCUAGCGUCAGCGAGGGGCUCCAUAGCGGCCUUGUUGAGAGCGCGAGCCUUCGCCCUCGUGUCUCCACGGGCGAUAUCGGCUUACCGCGCGCGGCCGUCAUCUGACAGUGGACGCGUAGGUGCUCAGUACGAACGGGCUGCAGCGCGGCCCGGGACUCCUCUCCGGCUGGCCGGGGUCUUUGCAGAUGGCAGUAAAGCUAAGGCACCUAAGUAUGCGCAGCUCAUCGAUCCGCAGGGGAACGAGCUCUUCGUGCCUAUUAACACUAAAGGAGAGCUAUACGAGGUAUGCCCUGAGGAGUUGUCACCUACGGACUGGGAGCCAGCGGGGGAGGCGCCCCCUCCACCCGAGGCGGGUGUGCGGGCGCAUAGACUACCGCAUCUCCUGAGCUUGUGGCGACUUCCGGCGAGGGUGCGUCUUCUGGCUGGGACGGUGCCGAUUGAGAUGGCGCAUGAUGUUGGAGAUGAUCUUCUGCUGCGGGCGGCAGUAACAGAGCCAGUAUUAGUGAUGUGCACCUUACCGGAGUACGGGUCAAUGCCUUCGAGCCCCAGCAAGCAGGUGGACCCCCGCUACCACGCCAAGGAGAGCCUACAACUCCUCCCUCUCAACAGCAACGUUAAGAUCCGCCGGACGCAACUAGGCUUCGAGAGCGAGAAGAGGAUGUUUCUAUCAGCCCGCCUGCAAAAAGCGCUAACUUUCUGUCAACUCAACGUUGACAACUGGAUCAGGCAGAUCUCCUACGCCAACUCGACCGUCGUCAGCAAAGCCAAAACCGCGGAUGACCUCAUUAAAGAAGACCACGAACCUGUCAAAUUUGAAAAAGAACGUAAAUUCACUCUGCAAGGACUCAAGAUUGAUACGUCUAGACUUUUCGGGAAAAGCGAGAAAGUUCUCAAAGAUAUACCUGAUGAAACUGAAGGAUCAAUCAUAUUUUUAAGUAAAAACGAACUCGAACAUAUGAAUUACGACGUUUACAGUGACGAUGAAGGAAAAGAUGAAAAGGUCGAAGAUAAAAUAGAACAGGAGCAGUUUUCAAACGAUAAAAUGCAGGUUUUCAGGGAAGAUUCUGGCCAGAAGAAGAGUAAAUGGUUUAAAAAUAUCAAUUUUUUAAAGAGCACCGAGAAACUAACUGAUGAAAAAAUUACUGCCAUUGAAAAAAGUGAGAAAUUGACUGAUGUCAAAGAUCCUUUUGAUCCAUUAGGAGAAAAACAUAGUUCAAUAGAGCGUUACCAAGAUAUGGCUAAGCUUAUUGAAGACCGAUUUGGAGCUACCAGGAAACAUGACGGGACGACAGAAAAGAGCUAUUCGUACAAAAGCCUUACGACGUCUUCAUCCGAUAUGGGAACUAGUCAAUGUAGUUCUAACCAUAAGAAACCUAUAUUGACAAAGUCUGUAUCCGUCCAAACAGGCAUGCCAGAUAACUCAUUUACAACUGACGAAGAUAGUGGCAUAGCCAUGAAACAUGGCCGCAAGAAUCUUAGCGUAGACCAAAUCAAUUAUUGUGGUUCUAUGGAGAGUGACGCAAGUUCCAGUAGAAAACUCAAAUCUUUGGAUGAAAAUAUGCUCAAAAAAUCGUCAGCUACUAAAUCUUCAACAAACCUUGAAAGAAGGCAAAGGAUACAGCCAGACUUAAUUCCAGAAAAAGCUAUGGCUAAAUCGGAGUCUUACAAUCAAAUACAAAGUUGUGAAGAAAUCAAUAUGUUCGGCGUUGGAUCUUUAUACAAUGAUAGUGAAUUUGAAAUUAACUACAAACAACAUUCCUUUAUCACUGAAAAGCUGUGCUCAGAGUUUCACGUUAAAACCAAACGAGUUCUCAGUAAAUCAACUUCAAAUUUACUUCACCCAAAGAAGGCGACUGACAAGAAAGAAGGUAGCAACAGCAACAGUAUGCCUACGAAAACUGAACGAGCGACUGAUAAUGACAAGCUUGUUAAUUUCAGAAAGAAAAUUGACAAGCCUAGAGCACCCACGCCUAAAUCAGAAUUAGAAGAUGACAUAACAGCUGUAGAUAUUUCAGAAGAAGAACCACAGACGCAAGUGAAGAUACGACGGUCAAUAUCAUCAAUACAGAAACGCAAACUUCCUGUAAUAGAGGAUCUACCUUACGGUCAGGUCGCUGACGCUGUCGAAAUUGAAGAAGAGAAGGAAGAUUCCGAUUCCAGUUCCGAUAAUAUUUACGCAGAAAUAUGUACUCCUAAUGGCAAUAAAGUCAGUGAUGAAGAAAACUAUGAUAAUAAUAUUGAUGUACUAGCUAACGAUCCAGUGAUUUGUAAUGUUAAGAAAGAAGUUAUUAUAAGAAAUGACGAACGUGCUCGACAGAUGAUUGAGAACCAAGAGAAUCCUUUUAGGCAUAUAGAAGUUGUUGUUAUUGAAAAAACAACGGAUUUUGAUUUGGACAAUUCAAGCGUUACUUCCAGUGAAUUAGAUGACACAGAGAGUAGAAACGAUGUGUCGAUAGCUAUAGAUUCUUGGGAACGCGAAAAAGUUCAGUCAGAUCCUAAAAUUCACGCUAUUAGACUAGAAAUCACAAGUAACAUGGAUGAUUAUCCAGAAAUUGAAAGUCAGAAUGUAAAUAGGACCGAAGUACAUUUAAGUAAAGAUAAUUGUUUAAGUUUUAGCAACAGUAUCCAUUUGAAUGGUACAUAUCCGAACGAGGCCAUUUAUGAUACGUUAAAAUAGUUUAAUAAGCUUCUUCUACAGGUCUCCUGCGGUGCCGUUUGUUGAUAGUGUGUAACAAAAUGUUGAAUCUGACACAUUGAUUCAUAUAAUUUAGUCCAUGGAAGAUAAAGGAGUGAAUAAUGAAAUAGGCAAUGUAAUGACGAAUAUAAAAGUUGAUACAAAAUUCUGAUCAAAAUAAAUAUCUGCGACUUAAGUGUGUAAGACAUUGGGUGACUGGGAAUUUGUGAUAAAAUUGAUCAUCAUUAAAUAUUACCUACUUACUAUACUUAGAACUUAUAGUAAACUAAUUUAUCUAUUUUUUAUGAUGUAGCAGACGUGGCAGGCCUGUAGACACCCAUUAUAAUUGACAAUAAUAUGUUCAUCUACAUUUUUUUAAUAUAAUUAUUUUCCAUUGUAACUAAAGAACAUUCAUAACAAUAUCGAUUGAGUCAGGUAGUAGUGUUAUCGAAUUGGUAUGUUCAACCAAUUUUAAAGAAGAAGUUUCUCAAUUCGAUUAUUUUAUGCUUGUUACGCUAAUAUGAAUUAUUAUUUCGAUUAUUCUGAAUGGUUUUAAUUUUAUCUUUCCAGUAGCUGAUAAUUUUGUAAAUAAACACACUGAUAUGUUUUCUUUUUAAAUCAUUAUAAUCACAUUCCUAAUCACUUGAUACUUUAUAGCUAUUUAAAAUACCUACUGUAUCUUGUAUUGUAAAUCAAGGCCUACCCGGUGAUAAUGAAUGUAGUGAAAAAUACUUUCAUAAACAGUCGAAUGAAAAGAUUAAAUAUUUAAAUUAAAAUGCCCUUUGGCGCAUUGGUUAAUUGUGUUGCCUUCACAAACUUCUGAGUUCAAUCCUUGUUUAUAUGAAGUUAUUUUUCUGAUUGACCUCAUUGUCAUAAAUCACGCCUCUUUUCGGGAGGGGUAGGCAGAGACUACUCUUUCCACUUGCCACGAUCCCUGCAUACUUCUUUCGCUUCAUCCACAUUCAUAACCCUAUAUUGGAAUGAAUAACUUUAAAUUGGAUUAUAGCAAGAGUACUCGAAACCGCCGAGCUUGCAUGGAAAGAGUUAUGAAUGAGGAUGAAGCGAAGGAAGUAUGCAGAGAUCGUGGCAAGUGGAAAGAGGUAGUCUCUGCCUACCCCUCCGGGAAAGAGGCGUGAUUUUAUGUAUGUAUGUAUGGAUUAUACAAUUGUCGACAAGGACCUGAAUCAGCAUUAUCUCCUACUAUGAAAUAAUAUAUUUAAUCUAUAAAAAAAUAAUAAUUUCACUACUGCCUGUGUAUAACCAUUUAUAAUUAAUUAAUAAUGACACGAAGUGUAAUUUAUCUGACGCACAAUUUAAUAUUGCAAAUGUACUAAUUUUAACAAUUUUUUUGGUACCUUCAUACUAAUUUUGUAUGUAAAUUCAACUGUUUUUACGUAAAGGCCUUUGUAGCGCAGUGGUAUGCUUGCCGUUGAUUCAAAAGGAUUAAGAUUCGAUCACCAAUCACCUCAUGACAAUAAAUACAUACAUACUACUUAAAAUCACGUCUUUAUCCAUUACUAGGUAGACUGAAUCAAACGGUCUUUUAAGAUUGAAAGGCCACCUUCAGAGGUUUGUCUAUGAAUCUCCAUUCCAUCAUUGAUUAUGCCAAAUAGAUGAACGUGGCCGUUUAGUCUUCGACAAUGUCGAAUCUGUCUAUCCCGUGUGAAUGAAGACGUAAUUAUAUAAGUACAAUGUCUGUAUGUAGUAAGUAGGCAAAAAUCUUUGCAAAAAACGUUGAACAUUGAAAAAAAAUUGGUUUAAUGUUGGUUUAAUCUUGAAAUUUGUUUUAUACAGCCAAAAGUACCCUGUGUUUCAAAAUUAAGGCCUAAAACAGAUAAAUUGGUGCUAUAAAGGUGCUCAAAACCCCCAGUCGUGCAAGUUCAAAAAAUACAUUUCCCAACAUAAAAACAUUUUAAUAUUUUCUCUUUUUUGUACUAAAAUGAGCCGUAAAUUUAUUUUUUGAACUGACGUGAACGUAAAAUUUAAGUUAGUUUUAAGGAACACAUAUCAUAUGACAAUUUGUAAAUUGAUUGUAUUAUAUAGUUUAAAAUUUGUAUUAUACCUAACAAUUAAUGUUAUUAAGUCUCCCCACAAUGUAAUUAAUACGAUGUGACAUACGAAUAUACAAAUUUAUCGAA